AUGAAAUCUGCAGCUAGAUUAUUCUAUUUAGUUAUUACUUUACUUCCACUGGUAGCUUCUCAAUUGGUUGAUUCAGCUAUGACUGGAACUACUGAAGCCACUAGACCAACUGUUUCAACUAAUAACAACAAUGAUGGUUCUCCAGUCAAAGGUUAUCAAUCAUUUUUAAUGGCCAUCUCCAUGAUUAGUGCCUCCGAAAUUGGAGAUAAAACUUUUUUAAUUGCUGCUUUAAUGGCUAUGCGCAAUUCAAGAUGGAUUGUCUUUUCUGCUUCUGCUACUUCUCUUGCUAUUAUGACUGUUCUUUCCGGUCUUGCUGGCCAUACAUUCGUGUCUUUUAUUCCAGAAUACAUGGCCAAACUACUUGCUGCUGGCCUUUUCUUCGUAUUUGGUUAUAAAUUAUGCAAAGAAGGUUUAGCUAUGGAUAAAAAUACUGGGGUUGAAGAGGAAUUAGCUGAAGUUGAAGAAGAAUUAGCUGCUGAUUCCAUCAACGCUCAAAAUGAUAGCAUUGAAAGUGGUACCAAGGGACCCAAACAACCAGAAACUGCUGCCCAAAAGUUUACUUCUCAAAUUUAUAACUUAGCAUCCUUAGUUCUAUCACCACUAUGGAUUCAAAUCUUUGUUAUGAUUUUCCUUGCUGAAUUUGGUGAUCGUUCUCAAAUAAGUAUUAUUGCUUUGGCUUCUGAUAGUCAAUAUUGGUAUGUUAUUGCAGGUGCAGUCAUCGGCCAUAUUGCUUGUACCGGUGUUGCUAUUAUUGGUGGUAUGCUAUUAGCAGGUAAAAUUAGUUUGAGAAAUGUCACAUUGGCUGGGUCUGCUUGUUUCUUCUUAUUUGGUAUCAUCUAUUUAUAUGAUGCCGUUUCUACCUAUGAAUAA